AAACUUUGUUAAGUUUGGAAUAUCAACCUUCUGAUUUGUAUUAUAAGUAGGGGGCCUGCUCUAUCCAGCAUUCCAAAUCAAAUCUUUUCCCAUGGCAAGUAGUUCAUCUACUACCCAAGAUGGUGUUGCAAGAUCUAUAUCAGAUGCCCCACCAACUCAUUACAUAGUCAAGAUACAGUUAUUCUCAUUACUUCUAAAAAAUUCGGUAGAAAAAUAUGAAUCUGGAGAUUUUGAGGCUGGAGGCUACAAAUGGAAACUGAUUCUCUACCCAAGUGGAAAUAAAGGCCGGAAUGUGAAAGACCACAUCUCCCUCUAUCUAGCAAUUGCUGAUACAGAUUCUGUCAACCGCAGUUCGGAGGUCCGUGCCAGUUUCAAAUUGUUUUUGCUUGAUCAGAACAAGGACAAUUAUUUGGUCGUUAAUGAUGCCACGGAAAAGGAAAGACGCUUCCGUGGAUUGAGAAAUCAAUGGGGCUUUGAUCAAUUCCUGCCACUCAGAACAUUCAAUGAUGUUUCCAACGGAUACCUAGUGGAUGAUACAUGUGUUUUUGGAGCGGAGGUGUUUGUUACCAAGGAAAUGAGCACAGGAAAAGGAGAAUACCUAUCAAUGAUAAAGGAUGCCACCAGUUCCAAGCAUGUUUGGAGGAUUGAAAACUUUUCAUCGAAGCAGUCAGAAUGCUAUGACUCACAAACAUUUUUCUCCGGGGAUCAUAAAUGGAAGAUACAGAUGUAUCCAAAGGGAAGGCGUCAUGGAUUGGGCAGUCAUAUUUCUCUAUUUUUGGCUUUGGCAGAUCCAAAAGCAAUCCCUAGUAGUUCUAAAAUAUUCGCAGAGUUCACUUUGCGGAUGUUGGAUCAAACGCAGGGCAGGCACAUUUCUGGCAAAGAGAUAUGGAGGUAUACUAGCAAGUCCACUUCCAGACCUCUUGUUAUUCUACAUGUGUGUAUAUGUGGGGAGGAACACCAGGAGGAGGCACUCAAGGCUGUGAUCCAAACCACCAAAAUAGUAGAUGGAAAAUCAGAUGUGAGGGACUGGGUACAUAGCAAGGAUGGAAUAUACACAACAAAAUCAGCAUACCAGGCCUUGACAAGGGAUCACAGGACAGUCCAGCAGAGUCCAACAAUUAGUAAAGUUUGGCAAGAGUUCAUCCAUAGCAAAAUCUCCAUUUUUGCCUGGCAAGUGCUGCAAGAUAAGAUCCCAACUAAGAUGAACCUGUUGAAAAGGGGGAUCAUUCAAGACAUCGCAGAGAGGAAGUGUGUUCUUUGUGGCUUAGCAAGUGAAGAUUCCAAUCAUCUCUUUAUUCAUUGUAAAAUUGCGUGGGAACUAUGGAAUAGUUGUUUUAGAUGGUGGGGUAGUAAGCAGGUGUUAGACAGAGAUUGUGGGAGGAUGUUUGAACAGCACCCCUUCAUAUUCAACAUUAAAGGGGUGAGGGGGGGCUGGGAAUGCAUUUGGUUCUCUGCUGUUUGGUCUAUCUGGUUAGCUAGAAAUGAAAAGCUAUUUAGAGGAAAAGAAGUAGAGGCUGGAAGAUUAUUAGAACUAGUCCAGGUGAGGGCCUUUAAAUGGAUCAAAGGCAAAAGGAGAGGAAGCCUAUUCACCGUAUCAGACUGGAUCCUCAAUCCGAUAAGUUGCUUGAAUCCGUCCCUGGUAGUUUAAGAUGCCCAUCUCUUAUGUAAAUCUUAGGCAGUUAAAAAAGAGCCCUGCCAUUUCAAGUCACAGGGGUUCUUAGCUGGCCUGUUUUAAAUCAUGUAAAGGGUUCGGAGUACCCCCUGUACUCCAAAUCAAUGAUUUCAUUUUGU